AUGGGCGCUUCGAUCAUCAACCUGAGUUUCUAUAAUAAAACCGCGAUAUACUGCUGCGGCACGCCAAUCAUCGAUGGCGACAAGAUCGUCUGCCCCGAUAAUCCUACCUCUGGCUUCGAAGUCCCUUCAGGCUGGCCUAUUCCCGGUCGCGCACUGUUGGCCAAUUCUACAUUACUCGACGCAAUCGCAACAACAACUUCACCAUCUGCAACAGCCUCUGUCUCAACCUCGUCCUCGCCUUCAUCCGUACCCCCAUCUUCAUCAAACUCAACGGCCACUUGCAGUACAUGCCAUGAAACCGCAAUCGGCGCCGGAGUGGGGGCACCACUUGGUGCGAUCGCUUUGUUCUCGAUUAUCUGGGCGCUAUUUGAGCGGCGACGGGCACUCAAGGGACGAGGAAUGGCGCCAUCUGCCGGCACACCAUUCGGUGGCCCAUAUACAAACCUGCGCGAUAGAAGGAAUCGUCCGGUAGAGUUGGACAAUGUGUAUCGGGUACCGGAACUUCCCAGUUCAAUGGACAGCCCGUCCGAGAUCAUGUCAAAGGGCAGCGUGAAGUAA